AUGGCCGCCGACCCCGAGAGCCUGGACGUCGAGCUGGCUGCGGCCGUCUUCAAAGAGAUGGGAGAUGUGAUAGAGGAGGAGGCAAAACUCAGACAAGCCGAGGUUUUUGAGCUGGUUCCAGAUGACGAGCGGCAGUGUUACAAGUGCAAAACGACCUGUUUCCUGUCGGCGCUGACCUGCUCCUGCAGCCCCGACCGCCUGGUGUGUCUCCACCACACCAAGGACCUCUGCGACUGUCCGCUCGGCCACAAGUGUCUUCGGUAUCGCUACGACCUGGAGGAGCUCCCCUCCAUGCUGUACGGCGUGAAGACCCGGGCGCAGUCCUAUGACACCUGGGCCAAAAGGGUCACCGAGGCCUUGGCAGCAGACCAGAAAAAUAAGAAAGAUCUCAUCGAGCUGAAGGUUUUGCUGGAGGACGCGGAGGACAGGAAGUACCCCGAGAACGCCUUGUUCCGCCGGCUGAGGGAGAUGGUCAAAGAGGCGGAGACGUGCUCCUCUGUGGCCCAGCUGCUGCUCAGCAGGAAGCAGAGGCACAGCAGCCGCCUUCGCUCCGAGAGCAGCCGCAGUCGCAGCAAGCUGACGGUGGACGAGCUCAAAGCCUUCGUGGAGCAGCUCUUCAAGCUGCCCUGCGUCAUCAGCCAGGCCCGACAAGUCAAAGAGCUGCUGGAGAACGUGGAGGACUUCCACGAGCGAGCCCAGGUGGCGCUGUCCGACGAGAUGCCCGACUCCUCCAAGCUGCAGGCCCUGCUGGACCUGGGCAGCGGGCUGGACCCUCACCGCGUCACCCUGGAGCUGAUGAAGAGGCUGAUCGACUCGGGCGUGGGCCUGGCCCCGCACCACGCCGUGGAGAAGGCCAUGGCCGAGCUGCAGGAGGUCCUCACCGUCUCUGAGAGAUGGGAGGAUAAGGCCCGCGCCUGCCUGCAGGCCAGCAUGGUGACCCUGGAGAGCAUUGUGCUGGAGGCCAGGAACAUCCCGGCCUACCUGCCCAACAUCCUGGCCCUGCGCGAGGCCCUGCAGAAGGCCAAGGAGUGGACCUCCAAGGUGGAGGCCAUCCAAGUGGGCAGCAGCUACGCCUACCUGGAGCAGCUGGAGAGCCUGCUGGCCCGCGGCCGCUCCAUCCCCGUGCGGCUGGACCCGCUGGCCCAGGUGGAGUCCCAGAGCAAGCGGAAGCGCGUGAAGGAGCUGAUGGAGAAGGAGCGGGGGGGCUUCGACCCCGAGGCCCUGAGCGACCUGGAGGAGAGCCUGGAGGAGGUGCGGGACCCCUCCACCGUGGUGGCCGCCUUCAAAGCCAAAGAACAGAAAGAGGUGGAGGCCAUCCACUCGCUCCGGGCCGCCAACCUGGCCAAGAUGGCCAUGGCCGACCGCAUCGAGGAGGUCAAGUUCUGCCUGUGCCGGAAGACGGCCAGCGGCUUCAUGCUCCAGUGCGAGCUCUGCAAGGACUGGUUCCACGGGGCCUGCGUGCCUCUGCCCAAGACGGGGACCCAGAAGAAGGCGGGCGCGGGCUGGCAGAGCAACAGCAAAGAGGCCAAGUUCCUGUGUCCACUGUGCCAGCGCUCGCGGCGGCCGCGGCUGGAGACCAUCCUCUCGCUGCUGGUGUCCCUGCAGAAGCUGCCCCUGUCCGUGCUGAGCCAGCGAAUGGUGGAGCAGGCGGCCCGGGAAAAGACCGAGAAGAUCAUCAACGCUGAGCUGCAGAAGGCCGCAGCCAACCCAGACCUACAGGUAGGCAGUCUGCCCCAUUCUGAGAGUCCCAGAGGGGCAGACUAA